ACGCCGAAACCCCAUCCCACUUCAUUGAACGUGUGCGGUUUCCUCUUUCUUCUUGCCCGCAGCCAAGCACCAUCAAAUCCGGCGGUGAACCUCUCCGGUGAAAGGAUGAAUAGGAAAACUGAGAGUGAAAUGAGUUUGUAGACAGUCAGGAGAAUUGGUGCAUCUAGUGAACAUUUGGAAAGUUAUUUAAACUGGGGAUUUUCCUUUUUCCUUUUAUUUCAAGACAAACUUCAAUGAAUGUAAAAUUUGACCGAAGCAUCUAACAACGAGAACCAAAGAAGAUGAGCAGGAGAAAGAACAGGAGAAGAGAUAGGAGCGAGGCAGAGAAAAAGGUUGAGCAACGAAGUGUGAAUGAGGAUAAUACAAUUUUGGAAAGUAAUAGCAACAAACAAAGCCCUUCUGAUGUUAAUACAACUGUGGAUACUCUGAUGCAAGCAGAUCCAGCUGACCUCUUGCCGUUUCCAAAGCAUCAGUCUAGGGAUAUUGUGCCAACCACAGCCACAGUUAGCUGUCAAAAUGCUCUUCUUGAGGUAGAAUCAGCUGCAAAAUUUCCUUCAACAAAGCCUAUGGACUUGGACCUAAAUCCAAUCGGAAAUCAGUUGGAAAACAAUGUGGCUGGGAAAAACAAGAGGAAGAAGAAGAAGAAAAAGGUUGAACAACAAAGUGUGAAUGAGGAUAAUACAAUUUUGGAAACUUAUAGCAACAAACAAAGCCCUUCUGGUGUUAAUACUACUGUGGCUACUCUGAUGCAAGCAGAUUCAGCUGACCUCUUGCCGUUUCCAGAGCAUCAGUCUAGGGAUAUUGUGCCAACCACAGCCGCAGUUAGCUGUCAAAAUGCUCUUCUUGAAGUAGAAUCAGCUGCAAAAUUUCCUUCUACAAAUCCUAUGGACUUGGACCUAAAUCCAAUCGAAAAUCAUUUGGAAAACAAUGUGGCUGGGAAAAAGAAGAGGAAGAUGAAGAAAAAUAAAAAGAAUUGUACUGCAGCCAUGACUAAUCUACAGGUUACUUUUCCCAAUGCAGAGUCAGCUGUACAAUUGCCAACUCAAGAGCCCCUACAGGUUGCUUUUCCCAAUGCAGAGUCAACUGUACAAUUGCCAGCUCAAGAACUUCAAGGGUUAGAUAUGAAUUUGGCCGAUAACCUUGAGGUAAAGAGUGGAAAUAGAAAGCAGAAGAAGAGGAAGCAAAAGAAUCUAAAUAAAUCCACAAGCAAUGUUCUUGAUGUAGAUUCAACUGCCAAACAACUGGCACCAAAGUAUCAAGAGAGAGAUAUAAAUCUACAGGUUACUCUUCCCAAUGCAGAGUCAUCUGUACAAUUGCCAGCUCAAGAGCCCCUACAGGUUACUUUUCCCAAUGCAGAGUCAGCUGUACAAUUGCCAGCUCAAGAGCUUCAAGGGCUAGACAUGAAUUUGGCCAAUAACCUUGAGGUAAAGAGUGGAAAUAGGAAACAGAAGAAGAGGAAGAAAAAGAAUCUAAAUAAACCCACAAGCAAUGUUCUUGAUGUAGAUUCAACUGCCAAACUACUGGCACCCAAGAAUCAAGAGAGUGAUAUAAAUAUGACCGAAAUAGAGAAGAAGAGUGAAAGUGGGGAAAAGAGUGCAAGUGGAAAAAAGAAGAGGUGGAAGAAAAAAAAGCUAAAUAAACCGGCAAGCAAUGUUCUUGUUGUAGAUUCAACUGCCAAAUUACUGGUACCAAAGAAUCAAGAGAGUGAUAUAAAUAUGACCGAAAUAGAGAAGAAGAGUGAAAGUGGGGAAAAGAGUGCAAGUGGAAAAAAGAAGAGGUGGAAGAAAAAAAAGCUAAAUAAACCGGCAAGUAAUGUUAUUGAUGUAGAGUCAACUGCUAAAGUACUUGCGCCAGUGCAUCACAAGAGAGAUAUCAGUUCACUCAGCAAUCUUGAGCUAAAGAUUGCAAAUGGACUAAAGAGGAAGAGAGGAGAAAACAUUGAACCCACAAGUGAUGAUCAGCAUGUAGAGUUAACUGAACAACUGCUGCCACCUGAUAACCAAGAGAAGAAAAAGAAAAAGAAGAUAAGAAAGGUAAAGAAGGCAACAGACAAUAACAUAGAUAAUGUUAAGACUGCAACACAAGACUCAUUAUCUUUUGCGAGAGAAGAGACUGAAGUUCUGGGUGCAGGAUCUGUAAAGUUGUGUCCUGAGGAUGUGAAUGUUGUUUCCGUUCAAACAGAGCUCACUCCUACUGUUAAGGCUACCACAACAACUUGUGAAAGUUAUGAAAAUGGGUCGUAUUUAGCUUUCCCUGAGAAGAAUUCAGUUGAAAGUUGCAGUGUGGGGACCCAUCUUCCAUCUAGUGCUUUUGCAAGAGAAGAGACUGAAGUUCUGGGUGCAGGAGCUGUAAAGUUGUGUCCUGAGGAUGUGAAUGUUGUUUCCAUUCAAACAGAGCUCACUCCUACUGUUAAGGCUACCACAACAACUUGUGAAAAUUAUGAAAGUGGGUCGUAUUUAGCUCUCCCUGAGAAGAAUUCAGUUGAAAGUUGCAGUGUGGGGACCCAUCUUCCAUCUAGUGCAGAGGUUACCAUGCAUCAUGGCACUCCUUUGAGGAGGAAACUGCUCAUCCUUGAUUUGAAUGGCCUACUUGCAGAUAUAGUCUUACCACAUCCAAAAGACUGUAAAGCUGAUACAGGCAUUUCAGGACGAGCAAUAUUCAAGAGACCCUUCUGUGAUGAUUUUCUGAAGUUUUGCUUUGAGAGAUUCCAUGUGGCAAUCUGGUCGUCUAGAUCCAAGAGAAUUAUUGUUCGAGUGGUGGAUUAUUUAUUGGGAGAUCUGAAGCACAAGUUGUUAUUUUGCUGGGAUAUGUCUCAUUGUACCAUGACCAGAUACAAGACUCUUGAAAUCAAGCAUAAACCCUUGGUUUGUAAGGAUUUAAGGAAAAUAUGGGAAAAACAUUGGGAUAAAGGAGACUUUGAUGAGUCAAACACAUUGUUAUUGGAUGAUUCUCCAUACAAGGCCCUUCUUAAUCCUGUUCACACCACAAUCUUUCCUGAUUCCUUCAACUACAGGCUUAAAGAUGAUAACUCAUUAGGUCCUGGAGGUGACCUUCGUAUGUAUUUGGAAAACUUGGCAGAGGCUGAACAUGUGCAGAAAUAUGUUGAGGAGCAUCCAUUUGGGCAACCGGCAAUUAGUGAAAAUAGCGCUAAUUGGGGCUUCUACUCCGAAGUUAUUAAGAGCAUUUGUGAACGGGCAAACUGUGGUGAUUCCGUUUAAUCUACUCUGCUCUAGCAAGGACUGCAUGUGCAUCAUGGGAAUACCGUGAUUCAACUAAUGCAGUGAUUACUAAAAAGAAUCAGAAUGUUGUUGCAUGCCACCUUGACUUCAUUUUUUUGGUUGAUUCGGUGGCCUUACUAACCGCCGAAGAACUAGGAACAACACCAAGAUUGACUUGAUUCAUUUUCACAUUUAUUUCUUGAAAAUUUUGUAAUUCAUUGUUGUGAACAGCUUACCACACAGACAUUCAGAUAUAGUGAUACCCCCUAAAGAGACUCUUCUUUUUUGGGUAACUUUAGGCUAUACAAAUUGCACCAUUUUAGCUCAGGUUCUGAUUUUAAGAAAUGAAUUGCUGUGAUUUUGCACUGUUUAUUGUUAUUAUUGAAUGCAAGAACUUCUUUGACAGUUAUC